AUGACGAUAAUGGAGUUCGACGAGUAUUUGAUUGAAUUAGUUCGUUCUCAUUCAGAGCUGUAUAAUAUGACUGAUAGGAGAUAUAAUGAUUCCAUAUGGAAAGAAACACUGUGGAAGGAAAUUGGAGAAGAGGUGGGGCGUCCAGGCCCUGAAUGCAAGCAACGAUGGGUGUCACUGAGAGGCCAAUUUAGAAAAUGUGUUAUUAAAAAAACAAAGAGUGGACAAGCUGCCAUACCCAAGAAGCCAUGGAAGUAUGAGGAGAUUAUGGCUUUCCUGCGCCCAUACAUGCUGGAGCGGGAAACAGUUUCUAACAUAACUGGUGAUAUUUGUUCAGAGGAUGAAUCAAACGGUGUCACCAGCUACAUGUCCCGACCUCAGCCAACACCCGCCUACAACAAAGGAAACUAUCCCUAUUUGCAGCCGUUUGGCAGCCUGUGA